AUGUCUGUUCUCGACAACUCUGUCUUACCACCUGACACUUCAGGUUCCCAUGGCCAGGCUCCUUCCGAGUCUGACUUUGUCUUGCCAUUCGCGAACACUUCCUCAGCUCAGGUCGCGAGCGUCAACGCAGGACAGGCUGAUGCGCUCCCUCCUUUGCCUGUUCCCGACAACUCUGCCUUACCACCUAGCACUCCAGGUUCCUGUGGCCAGGCUCCUUCUGAGUCUGACUUCGUCUUGCUGUCCGCGAACACUUCCUCAGCUCAGGUCGCGAAUGUCAACGCAGGACAGGCUGGUGCGCUCCCUCCUCCUGUCUCUCUCCCUCCUUCCCAUGUUCCCUCAAAAAGACCGCAAGGUGAACAAGAAAAUGAAGACCGACCUGCUCGUAAGGUUCGGAUAAUUUACAGAGACUCGAGCUCUGUGCAGGUCACACCUCAAAGGGAAGCCACACCGUCGCCACUGGUACCAUCGUUAACACCAACUCCCGUGCCACAAGCUCAAACUGCCACUACUUCAUCAUCGCAAACGGUGAUACAGCUUACCAGACCUAUCUCUCAAGAGGGUCCCCGCAAAUUACCUGGCUCAGCAUUCCAAUGCCCAACACCACACACCGUGGAUCCAUCCCCUCAAGUUCAUGCUUCAGUAGAUCGACGCUCUCAAGAAGCUAACCUAUUGGCAACAUUAAGUGCAUAUAACAGAUCUGAACCAACAUUAUUCCUGUUCGCAAACCCCAACGCAAACCCCUCCCAGCGCUUUACCAGGGACAAUGCAACACUCACGCAGCCCUUUUCCAGGGACAAGUGUAGACCCAAACCAGCAUGUUUCCUACUUGCAAACACCAACGCAGCCCCCUCCCAGCGCUUUGCCAGGGACAAUGCAACACUCACGCAGCCCUUUUCCAGGGACAAGUGUAGACCCGAACCAGCAUAUUUCCUACUCGCAAACACCAAUGCAGCCCCCUCCCAGCGUUUUGCCAGGGACAAGUACAAACCAAAACCAACAUUAUUCCUACUCGCAAACCCCAACGCAAACCCCUCCCAGCGCUUUACCAGGGACAAUGCAACACACAUGCAGCGCCCCCCCAGGGACAAGUAUAGACCCGAACCAGCAUGUUUCCUACUCACAAACACCAAUGCAGCUUCCUCCCAGUGCUUUUCUAGGGACAAGCACAAACCAAAACCAACAUUAUCCCUACUCGCAAACCCCAACGCAACCCCCUCCCAGCGCUUUACCAGGGACAAACAUGUACCAAAACCAAUCUUUUCCCUACUCAAUGGGCCGGGGUGGGGCACUUUUUCAAGCACAACCAUAGGACAAGGUCAAGCUGAUCUCUACUUGAGCACCAAUCACAGUGCUACGCAAUCACAAACACCACCUCAUGGUUCUCUUCCUGGCAUGAGCUAUGCUCAAAGCCAUCUACUAGCUACUACUAUGAACAUGCUCAACAUGCUCGAACACAAAGCGGACGUGGGGGUGAACCCACCCAUCAGAGUAGUUUCGCCACCAUAA